GAUAGGCUUUUCUACCUUUCUGCUAUCAUGUAUAUUUAAGUGCUUUAUAUUAUAUUAUAAAUUAAAUAAAAACAGCUUAACACACUUGGACCGUACAUCUUCAUGUUGGUGUGAAGGCGCCAUCUACUGGCCAGUAUUAGCACAGCCUCCCGUGACACAUUAAAAUCGUCACAAGUACGUGUCACACAAAGUAUUAACACAAUGCGAUAGUAUUUAGUCGGCUCCAGGGACAAUUCCUUUACCUUCUAUUAGCUUCAGUUGAAUUAAAGAAAACGUAUGAUUAAAAAAAAACAUUUCGGAGAGCUAUGAGAAUGAUUAAAUAAAUAGUUUCAACCGAGGUCUUCCUGUUUCUAGUCAAACCUCCUACAUGUCAGGGGUAUUGAUGUAAUGAGUGAGUGCGGGUCCGUUAUUUUCCGGGUCGCGCGCCGUGGUGUCGGUGGUUUGCUCUGCUGCAGCUGACACUCGCACCAAGGAGGAGGAGGAGGAGGAGGAGGAGGAGAGGUCACAUUUGACUCUCCCUCCCCUCUCUUUCUGCCUCUAUCUCCCCCUGUCUCUCUCUGUCUGCCCGUCAGUCCGUGAGAGAGGCUGCUAACUAGCGCAGCAGCAGCAGCAUCACCACCAUCAUCAUCAUGGCGGAUCAAGGCGAAUCCACGGCUCCAGCCCAACACCCGCAACCAACGCUGACAACCAGCUGGCCAAUUACCAGGGAGUCGUACGAGCUGCAGGAAGUCAUAGGAAGCGGGGCCACAGCUGUGGUGCAGGCGGCCCUCUGUACCCCCAGACAGGAGCGCGUGGCCAUAAAGAGAAUCAACCUGGAAAAAUGCCAGACCAGCAUGGAUGAGCUAUUGAAAGAAAUUCAAGCCAUGAGCCAGUGCAGCCACCCCAAUGUUGUCACCUACUACACCUCAUUUGUCGUCAAAGAUGAACUUUGGUUAGUCAUGAAGCUUCUGAGUGGAGGCUCCAUGCUGGAUAUAAUCAAGCACGCGAGCAAAGAAGAGGACAAAAACCGAGCCUUGGACGAGCCCAUUAUUGCCACUAUACUAAAAGAAGUUCUCGAGGGCCUUGACUAUCUGCACAGAAAUGGACAGAUUCACAGGGAUGUGAAAGCUGGGAACAUACUACUGGGAGAAGACGGAUCUGUUCAGAUUGCAGAUUUUGGCGUGAGUGCAUUUCUGGCCACUGGGGGUGAUAUGACUAGGAACAAAGUUCGAAAGACCUUUGUUGGCACGCCAUGCUGGAUGGCACCAGAGGUGAUGGAACAGGUUCGAGGCUAUGAUUUCAAAGCAGAUAUAUGGAGUUUUGGAAUUACAGCCAUAGAGUUAGCGACGGGCUCUGCCCCAUAUCACCGGUACCCCCCCAUGAAGGUUUUAAUGCUUACCCUACAGAACGAUCCACCCACUCUAGAGACGGGUGUCGAGGACAAGGAAAUGUUAAAAAAAUAUGGCAAGUCAUUUAGAAAGCUAAUAACUAUGUGCCUUCAGAAGGAACCUGCCAAAAGGCCUACAGCUGCAGAGCUUUUGAAGUGUAAAUUCUUCCAAAAGGCCAAGAACAAAGAAUACCUGGUAGAAAAGCUUUUGUGUCGUGCACCAAAGAUUUCCCAGAGAGCGAAGAAGGUGAGGAGAGUCCCGGGCUCCAGUGGCCACUUGCACAAGACGGAGGACGGAGACUGGGAGUGGAGCGAUGACGAGCUGGACGAGGGCAGCGAGGAGGGCAAGGCAGCGGUGAAUCAGGGCAGGUCACGAAGGGUCAAAGAUGAGGCCAAAGAUAAUGAGGAGAAUGCCAACAAUAUCCCUAUUGAUGGCUUGUCUAUUCAGCAUCCCCAGGUUGAACCAUAUGAGGGUACGAGAUUCUUUGAAGGCGCUGUGAACAUGGUACUACGGCUAAGAAACUCCAGAAAGGAGCUGAAUGACAUCCGGUUUGAAUUUACUCCUGGGCGAGACACUGCUGACGGCGUCUCCCAGGAGCUGUUCUCUGCCGGUCUGGUCAACGGCCACGAUGUUGUAGUUGUUGCUGCUAACCUUCAAAAGAUUGUAGAUGACCCAACCACCUACAAAGUUUUGACCUUUAAGCUGGCAUCCGGCUGCGAUGACGACGAGAUCCCUGAUGAGGUGAAGUUGAUCGGCUUUGCGCAGCUAAGUGUUAGCUGAUGCUCUCUUCAUGCCUGGAGCAGGUGAGACAGGGAAGACAGUUCAGGGCAGACAGACUGAGGAACACACCACCACUUCCUGCAAUAUCUUCCCCAACACCCCACCCCGAGCCAAGAACGCACUUCUCCCUCCCCCCCUACUCCUUUUCACCUUCCCCGAGGUCAAGCUCCACCACCACCACCCUACCUAUCUACCUACACCUCCUUAGCACCGACUUCCCUGCUCACUGUCCUUCGACCUUUAUUCGUAAAAACAUUCCACCGCCCAACGCACAGUCCAGGAUCAGGAUACAGCCCAGGAACCUAAAGAUCUUCUCAGGUGGUAAAAGAAGGUGAUUAACAUGUAGCUUUGAAUGUUUUAUUUAUUUAUUUCUUCCACUCAUUUUUAUUUUUACAUGGAAUUACCUCUUUGUUUGACAAAGCUCUCAUUAUUUAUUGAAAUGAGAAGGUAUUUUUAUUUUGUUUUUCUCUCACACUGUUUUGUUGCCACCGUGAAAACAAAUUAGCUUCGACUCGCAUCUCACAAACCCACUCAUUUGUGAAGUUUCCCUGAGGUCUGUGUCAGAAUGUAAGAUUUAGUUUAAUUUAUGAGGAAAAGCACAUUUUAAUAACACAAUGAAUGUCUAAAAAGAGAAUGAAUUGUAUUUGCGUGUCAAGACCUGUUUCACAGGAACAAGAAUGGAACCAUUUGCUUGAGUGUGCAGAAAAAAAAUGAGACCUGGAUGCUACUGUGUAUAAUUUGCUGCUCUCUACAGUGUUAACGCUUCAAAAUGCUAGAGGUGCCUUGUUUUUCUGUGCCUAAGAAAGUAGUCAACGAAUGAGACCACACAAGGAGCAGAACCUGCUGAUUACCAUUUCACCAAUGUAUUACUCCAGCAAUGAAACAAUUCAAAUGACCUAUCUUGACCUAAUAAAGCAAGCUGAAAUGCACUUUUGCCCCCCCGACAGGCGAAUGCUCAGCCUCCAGAGGCAAGUUAAUUUAUGUGCUUUAGUCAUCAGAGACCUAAAACAAAACAGGACCUGGAGUCACUUUAAGUCUUCUGGUUGAUGUGUUUUCAGAUGCCAGGCUAAUAUAGAAAACAUUUGCAAUCUCUUGCUCUGCCCUGCUGCACUACAAAACCUUUUCUGCUCCCCCCACAAAUGAAAAUAGUCGUCACUAAAAUGUACUGUAUGACAAAGCGUCCGAGGAUGAAACCAAACAGCAACUACUGAAAGGGUGAUGAGCCAUUUGUAAGUCCAAACAAGUCCAGUAGCGCUAAAUUAUUUUUAGGUACUGAUGUGGUAAAUAUUAACUUCUGACUAAAAUCCUUUAUUUUAUGAAGUAAUUUAUUGUGUUUUUUAUGUACAGUAUGUGUACCAUUUCAGCAUAUUUACCCCUGUCCCCUCUCUGUAAUCAGCUGAUGUCAAAUUUCUGAUGAAGAGCAACAAAUAAAGAAUUGCGAUUAUUUAAAA